GGGGCCGCCGCGCUCGCCGCUGCCCGCCGGGGCCGCCGCCGCCGCCGACAUGGACACCAAACAUUUCCUGCCGCUCGACUUCUCCACCCAGGUGAACUCCUCGUCCCUCAACUCCCCCACAGGGCGCGGCUCCAUGGCUGCCCCCUCGCUGCACCCCUCCCUGGGGCCCGGCAUUGGCUCCUCGCUCGGCUCCCCGGGACAGCUGCACUCGCCCAUCAACGGCAUGGGCCCGCCCUUCUCCGUCAUCAGCUCCCCCAUGGGCCCCCACUCCAUGUCUGUGCCCACCACACCCACCCUGGGCUUCGGCACCGGCAGCCCUCAGCUCAACUCGCCCAUGAACCCCGUCAGCAGCACCGAGGACAUCAAGCCCCCACUGGGCAUCAAUGGCGUCCUCAAAGUCCCGGCCCACCCCUCAGGGAACAUGGCGUCCUUCACCAAACACAUCUGUGCCAUCUGCGGGGACCGCUCCUCAGGCAAGCACUACGGCGUGUACAGCUGUGAGGGCUGCAAGGGCUUCUUCAAGCGGACGGUGCGCAAGGACCUGACCUACACCUGCCGGGACAACAAGGACUGCCUGAUCGACAAGCGGCAGCGCAACCGCUGCCAGUACUGCCGCUACCAGAAGUGCCUGGCCAUGGGCAUGAAGCGCGAAGCCGUGCAGGAGGAGCGGCAGCGGGGCAAGGACCGGAACGAGAACGAGGUGGAGUCCACGAGCAGUGCCAACGAGGACAUGCCGGUGGAGAAGAUCCUGGAGGCCGAGCUGGCCGUCGAGCCCAAGACGGAGACCUACGUGGAGGCCAACAUGGGGCUGAACCCCAGCUCGCCCAACGACCCCGUCACCAACAUCUGCCAGGCGGCGGACAAGCAGCUCUUCACGCUGGUGGAGUGGGCCAAGCGGGUCCCGCACUUCUCCGAGCUGCCGCUGGACGACCAGGUCAUCUUGCUGAGGGCAGGCUGGAAUGAGCUGCUCAUCGCCUCCUUCUCCCACCGGUCCAUCGCCGUGAAGGACGGGAUCCUGCUCGCCACCGGGCUGCACGUGCACCGGAACAGCGCCCACAGCGCGGGGGUGGGCGCCAUCUUCGACAGGGUCCUGACGGAGCUGGUGUCCAAGAUGCGGGACAUGCACAUGGACAAGACGGAGCUGGGCUGCCUGCGCGCCAUCGUCCUCUUCAACCCGGACUCCAAGGGGCUCUCGAACCCGGCCGAAGUGGAGGCGUUGCGGGAGAAGGUCUACGCGUCCCUGGAGGCGUACUGCAAGCACAAGUACCCAGAGCAGCCCGGGAGGUUCGCCAAGCUGCUGCUGCGCCUGCCGGCCCUGCGGUCCAUCGGCCUCAAGUGCCUGGAGCACCUCUUCUUCUUCAAGCUCAUCGGGGACACGCCCAUCGACACCUUCCUCAUGGAGAUGCUGGAGGCCCCGCAUCAAAUGACUUAGGCCCCGGCCGGCCGGCCGCCCGCCUGGCCGAGCCCCACCCCCGCCCCCUCUGCCCGGCCUGUUUGGACGUUGGGGCGCAGCCUGUCCCUGCUAAGCCUAAGAGAUGUGUUGCCACCCCGUUGUUUUCAGUGCUGCUUGUCUUUGGACCCAGGAGGGCAGUGCUUUCCCAGGGCGGCAGCAGGAGCGGCAAGAACUG